AUGUGGACACAUUUUCCAUUUGCACUGUGUUGAAAGAGUUCUUCAAAACAGAUGGGUCGGAGCAAGAAUAAACUUCAAAUUCAUGAACUGCCCUUUGUGCAAUGUUAAGAUUGACCAUCCAAAGCUGAAGGUUUUACUGGAGACGCUCUGUUCUUUAGAAGACAAGGUUAACAAAGCAGCUACGGCAAGGCUUGAAGAGGAUGGCCUUACCAAAUCCAAAGAAAUUACCAACCCUCGAGGACAGUAUUUCAACAACCCAGCCGGAUUUGCUACAUACAAAUUUAUCUUUUAUUCAUGUUACGCUUGCAAAAAGCCUUACUUUGCCGGUGAGGAUUCGAACGGCUGUGCAUCAGCUAUGGAGGACACUUUGGAAGAUACCAAUCUUAUUUGUUCUACUUGUCUUGCAAGGAAAGCUCCCAAGAUAGAAAAGGACAUACAGAACGAAGAAAACGUAGAAUCACAGAAGAAAAUCAAAUCAACAACGAAGAAAUGUCCACAUUGUAAAGUAAACAUAGAGAAAAAUGCUGGGUGUAAUCAGAUGACGUGCUUUGUGUGUGGAACAUCCUUUUGCUGGUUGUGUGAAACAAAAUGGAAAUCCAGUUGUAGAUCGCAUCAGUUUGAUAGAACUGAAUUUGCUCAAGAUCGUUUUUUGUACUUCGAAGAUUCGGAGAGUUCUGAUGAUGAUAUACGGGAUGUUAUGGAUGGACUCGUACGUCCACGUAGACGUCCUGUUCAACGUGGUUUCCGUUUUUAACAAAGGGUCAAGCGUCGAUUAGUUUCAACAGUAUUCAAUAAUAAAACAAAUAAUUCAUAUUUAAAACUUUCAUAAUGGAACAAUUGAAUGUCGAGGAACGUAUACGUUAAAAAAACGUUUUUACAUGAUGUCGACGUAUUAAGACUUAAAUGAUAACACGUUUAAAAAAAGCAGUUGUAUGCUUGACUAUACUGGAAUGUGUAGUAAUUUAUUUAUCAGUGUUUAUCGCGUCAUAUAUAUAUCACCUGAAGGUAUGUUUAAAAGUUUCAUGAAUUUCAUCGCAUAAACAUUAACA